AUGGGGCGCGUGCGCACGAGGACCGUCAAGCGUGCUGCUCGACAGAUUGUCGAGAAGUACUACGCCAAACUCACCCUGGACUUCCAGAUCAACAAGAAGAUUUCGGAGGAGGUCGCCGUCAUUCCUUCGAAGCGCAUGCGCAACCGCGUUGCGGGCUUCGUCACCCAUCUGAUGAAGAGAAUCCAGAAGGGACCGGUGCGAGGCAUUUCUCUCAAGUUGCAAGAAGAGGAGCGUGAGCGCCGCAUGGAUUUCGUCCCAGAGCGAUCGGAGGUCGACGUGGCGACGAUCAGCAUCGAUCAGGACACGUCCGACAUGUUGCGCGCACUUGACAUCAACUUGCCCAACGUUGUUGUCCCCAGUGCUGGACGCCCGUCGAACAACCAGAACCGAAGAGGCUGA